CGUAAAUGAGCCAGCAGUUUGUUCUAAUCAAAACAAAAUGGCGACCAUGUGAUAACGUGAACAACAGCUCUUGUUUUAUUUCUUUCUGGGAUGAAAACGCAAAGAGACCACGAGGAUUCUACCUCGAGGGAACAGCUUGGGCCAAAGUUUGACCCCCCUGUUUAUCGUCAGCGGUACCACAGGGUCAUAGAAGUGGUAAAAGAGCACAAAGCAAAGAGAGUCCUAGACUUUGGAUGCGCAGAGGCUAAGAUGUUGAGGUCUUUGAUCAACUCCACAACAAACAUAGAGGAAUUAGUUGGUGUUGACAUUGAUAGAGACUUGCUAGAGGAUAGCAUCUUCAGGAUAAGACCUCUGACGACGGACUACUUAACACCAAGACCACACCCAUUGGCUGUCAGUUUGUACCAAGGCUCAAUUUCUAAGGCAGAUGACAGGUUUUGUGAUUUUGAUGUGGUGGCUUGCAUUGAAAUAGUUGAACACUUGGUUCCUGAACAUUUAGAAGCGAUGCCAGCAGUACUACUAGGACAGCUGUCUCCAUUGGUUGCCAUAGUGACCACCCCAAAUGCCGACUUCAAUGUUCUCUUCCCUGACCUUGUUGGGUUUCGACACUGGGACCACAAGUUUGAGUGGACAAGGGCAGAGUUUAAGGACUGGGCCACUUCACAAGCAGACAAGUUCGGCUACAGUGUCACAUUUGAGGGAAUAGGAUCAGGCCCUUCUGGUACAGAACACUUGGGGUGCUGCUCUCAAAUGGCUCUUUUCAUCAAACAAGACACAAUUCCGGCAGGGAGGCAGACAGGCUUUGGUGAACCUUACAACUUGAUUGCAAGGGUGGAACACCCUUACCGCAAGUGCACACUGACAGAAGAAGAAAAGAUUCUUAUUGAGCUAGACAGGACGCUGUGGUUCCUAUCCCAGCCCUCAGCAUAUGAAGAUGAUGAGAUCUCAGACUCUGAGGACCUUGGUGAUGACAAGGCCAAGUGUUUUUCCCUGGAAAGGUUACUUGGUUUGCCUUCAAUAUCACGAUUAUGUGGGACAGUUGACAAGUUAAGAUCUGUGGUAAAAACUUCAAAGCAUGAACUGACUGAAGAUGGUAACUCUGUUCGUUAUACAUGUCCAUCAUCAACAUGGAGUUCUGACUCAGAAAACAGUGAGAACUGGGAGGAUAAUGAUGGUGAUAAUGAUGAUGCUAUUGUAUCAAAGCAUUGCUGUGAUGAUCCCAUAUCAUCAGAGCCUUCAAAUUAUGAAGAAGAUUGGGAUAAUGAUUUAACAUUUCAAAACACAGACGAAUCAUCUGGGAAAUAUCGGACUGGUACAGGUUGUGGAAGCACACAGCAAUACUGUUAUGAUGUUAAGCUCCAAGGAUGUACAAAUGGUGUUAGUCAAAGUAAUGAUAACUGGACUUCUGAUGUAAAUGCAGGAAAAUAUUGGAAUGGCAACGAAUUAGAAUGGAAUGUUGUGGAUUGUGACAAUGUUGAGCAAAGUUUCUCUGAUGCAGAAGAAGACUCACCUUGUGUUAAUUCCUGGCAUGAAGGUGCCAUGGAUGACGAAGGGAGUUAUGGGUGUGGCAGUGAUGACCAGGAAGACGAUAGUCUGAUAUGGAUAGAAACAGCUGAUGAUUUGACUGGAAUUCAAUAGUUUAUAGUUUUGGUAAAUUCUAGAGAGAGAAAACACCCCCUCUAACAAUUUCAAGAAACAAGUGUCUAUGUUGUUUGAUGUGGCAGCAAAUAAAGUUGCAAAGAACUAGAAA